AUGACCAACAGCACAGUUGCUCCCAACAGCACGAGCUGCCGUAAUUUGCUUGACCCCACUGCGAUCACAGUGAUCCUACCCAUCUUGUACUGCUUUGUCUUCCUUGGAGGGUUCGUGCUGAACACAAUGGCUGCUUGUAUCUUCUACAAGAUUCCUAACCGCUCCAGCUUUACAAUUUACCUCAAGAACAUCGUGGCAGCUGACAUGUUGCUGGUGGUUACGCUUCCAUUUAAAAUCCUCUCCGAAUCCAACCUUGGAUCCUGGCAGCUGAAAGCCUUUGUGUGUCGCUACUCUGCCGUGAUAUUCUACAGCAGCAUGUACCUCAGCAUAAUAUUCCUCGGCCUGAUCAGCCUUGACCGCUACCUGAAGAUCGUGCAGCCUCGCAAAAGCCUCAGUGUGCAGAAAGUCAAGUUCGCCAAGGUCGUCAGUGUGAGCUGUUGGGUUUUCAUCAUCAGCUUCGCCCUGCCAAAUAUCAUUUUAACCAACAAGGACCCCACAGAGAAAACUGCGGCAUAUUGCCUGAAGUUGAAGAGCAAGGUGGGAGAGACUUGGCAUCAAAUUGUAAUUAUCAAUUGUGAAGUUAUUUUCUGGGUCGUUUUUGCUCUCCUCACUUUGUGCUACUUAGCCAUCCUGAAGAAACUGUACUGGUCCAACCAAAAAUUCCAGAACGAUACCGGCACGGUGAUCAAGAAAGCUAAUCGCAACAUUUUCAGCAUCUUGGCCGUCUUCUUCAUCUGCUUUGUGCCCUACCAUGUUAUCCGGAUCCCAUACGAGAAUAUCCGGUCAGCGGAGAGCGGCUGUACAACACACAACCGACUGUACUACGCCAAGGAGGCCACGUUGCUUCUGUGCGCGUUUAACGUUUGCCUCGAUCCCAUCAUCUACUUUCUUCUGUGCAAGUCCUUCACCAGAGUGCUGCGCCAAACAUUGAGAAUUAAGAGAAACAAGGCGGUCAAAAUGGAUGACGCUAGGAAAAGGGAACAGUCAAGCAAUGCCUCUUAUCAAGACCCUGACUCCAGCAGAAUGGCGGUUGACACUGUCUGUACAAACUCUUCCACGUUUCCAUCUGAGAGAAAUACUAAGAAAACUAUUCAGAUUAAAGUACUGCGGCAGUCAGCAGCAGUUACAACAUUCCGGUAGAAUCAGAUUACAUCAACACAAAAGUAUGAGGUGUUUCCGACACUCGAACAAUCCAUCCGAGGAGCUAUUUUUUGCAACCUUCCCCAAUUGUUACUUUGCGAUGGUUUAGAGUAGUGCUUCUUAAACUAUUUCAGUGUCAUUCACUCUUGAGUCGUUAUCACAAAAUGUCAUUUACCCUCAACUAAAUUUUUUGACAAUUUUCAUCUUAUUUUCCCUUGUGUAUAAUUUGAUA